CAAAAUAGGAAAUUCAAAGAAGAAAUUUGUACAAAUUGUUGCAGAAACUUGCCCAUCAGAAAACAAAAGCCACAUCUUCUGUUCUACACCCAAUUCACUGUAAAAAAAUAUACUUAGCCAGAAAACAAGAGAGAGAGAGAGAGAGUAAUGGCUUUGGAAAACUGUUUGCAACUAAGCACAGUGUGCACUACAAGAGUUGGUGCUGCACAAUGCUAUCAGCCAUUUUCUUCCAGGGAAAGGCUUAUUGUGCCAACCUGCAAUGGAUUGAAGAAAUCUGUUUUGAAAUUCUCUUCAUCUUCAUCUUUUGCUCCUUCCAAUAAAUCCCACAGAUCCCGCUUUAUUUGCAAGGCUCGUGAAGCUGUGAAUGAAGUUCAAGUGGUGAAUGAUUCAAGUUGGAAUAACCUGGUGAUUGCAAGUGAGGACCCAGUUCUGGUAGAAUUUUGGGCACCGUGGUGUGGACCAUGCAGGAUGAUUGCCCCAGUGAUCGACGAACUGGCGAAAGAGUAUGCUGGGAAGAUAGCAUGUUUCAAGCUCAAUACUGAUGACAGCCCUAACAUUGCCACUCAAUAUGGCAUAAGGAGCAUACCAACUGUGCUUUUCUUCAAGAAUGGAGAGAAGAAGGAGAGCGUUAUUGGAGCAGUGCCCAAGUCCACCUUGUCUGCCACCAUAGAAAAAUAUGUAGAUCUUUAAAGAGGGAAAUGAUGUAUACAGACUUUUAGUGUGAGCCACCAUGCUUGUGCUCAUGAAGCUAUUCAUUGUUAAUCUUCAAUUAACUCCUCGUUUUGAAUUCAUAUAAUUUCUUAUUGUUGUUUCCUUCCUGUAACCUUUAACCUUUUAUUUUACUCAACUUUUCAUGUA